UCGUCGUCGUCGUCGUCGUCGUCGUCCCGAGGCGGCGGGCGAUGCCGGUGCGGACCCGCCGCCCUCGCCGCCGCCCUCGCCAUGUUGCUGCCGUCCGACGUGGCCCGCCUGGUGUUGGGCUAUUUACAGCAAGAAAACCUCAUCUCCACUUGCCAAGCGUUCAUCUUGGAAAGCUCGGAUUUGAAAGAAUACGCGGAGCACUGUACGGAUGAAGGUUUUAUUCCUGCCUGUUUGUUGUCCCUCUUUGGAAAAAACUUGACGACAAUUCUCAACGAAUACGUCGCCAUGAAAGCAAAAGAAACCACAAACGAAGUCCCUGCAAUGAUGUCAUCUCUGUGGAAGAAACUAGACUAUACGCUUUCUCAGAUCAGGAGCAUGCAGACCUCUGCAGGAUUUGCUGCUAAUCAAAGAGCCCGGACACGAAGUGGAAUUGCAGAAAUCAAACGGCAGAGGAAGAUUGCGUCUCAGGCGGCCUCUUCGAGUCCCGAAUUGUUGCCCGUGGCUCCGCAGGGAGGACCGCACUCUUCUUCCCAUUUGGCAGCCACGCAAGUUAUCAGACCAUCUAGUCAAACUGCACCACAGCUGAGACAGAGUUUUGUGUUUGUCAACCAUGCUCAGGACAGCAGUAUAAGCACCGGAGAAUCUCUACAGAUUGUAGUUCCUGGACCCCAGGACCGGAAAAUUAAUGCCAGUCUGCUGUCUCCUGGAAGACGGAAAAGCGAAUCCCAGAGGAAAAGCAUCGUGUUGUCUGGACCUCAUUCAACUAUUCGAAAUUUUCAGGACUCCAAUACGUUUACAGUAGAAAAACAAAUGGUCAUUGAAAAUGCCAGAGAGAAAAUACUGAGCAACAAAUCCCUCCAGGAAAAGCUUGCAGAAAAUAUCAACAAAUUCUUGAUAAGCGACGGAAAUAUCACCCAAGCACCCAAACAGACAGACAACAGCCCGACGGAACAAGAGACCUCGAUAGACGAAAUCCUGGGAUUUCAGAGUGAAAUCCAUAUGUCGGAAGAAGCCAUAAGGGACAUCUUGGAGCAUACAGAGUCAGACCCAGCGUUUCAAGACCUCUACGAUCUAUUUGAUUAUGGUAAAACCAAGAAUAAUAAAACUCUAUCACCAGGUCCCGGCAGUAGUAUUCUCUUAGCAGAUGAAACCGCCCUCGUGGUGGAAGGCUCCUUUGCAACCGAAGAGGCCGGUGACCAUUCCGGAGAAGCCCAGUUCUGCCCGGAGUAUCAACCCGGAGGAGCGUCGUGUGCCUUAAAGAACGGCGGCAGCGAUGACCGUCUUGGGCCCGAAACCCAGGGGCGGUCCGGCCCUCUGGACUCGAACGUCCAAAAAGAAGAGGCCUUCAAAGCCGCCUCCUGCCUUUCAGCUCUAGAGCAGAGGUGCGGCCUUUCAAUCGCCUUUGAUCCCGUGCCUCCUCUGAACGACGCCACGCAGAGAGCGGAUUCCGCUCCCGCGUAUCCCGAGCCUUGCGUGGAGUUGUUCGGGAAUCAGAUGGCCGUCGAAAGCGACAAGGCCUCGCCGUCCCCCAGCGCCCCAGAUGUCCCGGGGCCGCGGUCCGACGGGUCGGGCCCUCCUUCCGUGCCUUUGGUUCUACCCGAUGGAGGGAUCGACGACGACGGGAGCCCAACGGACGCUCAGUUAAGGGCUCCCCGUUUAUCGCGGAACGGUCUGUCGACCGAGAGACCGUCCGGAGACGGGGCCUCCGGGAGCCCGGGCGGUGCGGCGAGACCCAAAACUCCUUUCCACGGUUCCGAGUCGCCGAGCCCCAACGAAAUUCACCGGGAGAAGAUGGAAACCCUCGGGGUCUCGUCCGCGGCUCAGAAGGCGGAUUGCCCCAACGACCCCUCGGAGCCGGGCGGGGCCUCGGCCGUUUCUGUGGAAAGUACUCUCUCAGCCCUUCCCGGCCAACGGAAAAUGGAGCCGGAGCUCGGGGCGUCGGCUCCCUCCGGGGAACGACCAUCCGGGGGCUCGUCUCCCGGCCUCCCGCGGGCCGUCGAGACCGCGACUCUGUCGCCUGGAUCGCCGGGCUCAGAAAAGGCGGUCGUGGAGUCGCCGGAAGCCCUGGCUUCGGUUCAAGAGGCGGCGGCCGGGUUCCUCUCUCCGGGGGAGAGCGACGGGUGUCGGGACGUCGAAGGGAUGACCGCCGAGGAGAGGGGCUCGGAGUCGACGUGCCCGUCGACGGGAGGGGCCGAUCCCGAGGCUCCGAGCGUCCCGUCCGGGGGUCGGUCCGAGGAGGUGGAUCCGUCUAACAUCGUGUCUCUCAAGAUCAUCAUCAGCGACGACCCGUUCGUUGCCACGGACGCGGAACUGAACAGCGCGGUCUCUAGCAUCGGCGGGGAAAACCUGCCCACCAUCAUCCUGUCUUCGCCGUCCAAGUCACCGGCCGCCCCGGAUCCCGAAGCGGCCGGGGGCCCGGGCCCCGACGGGCCCGCGGACGCCGUCGUCGGGGCCGGGGGGGAGAGCCCGGCCGCGGGCGGGCGGAUCCCGGCGGCGCCCGGACCCCGGGACUCGACGGGAGGCAGCCCGCGGAGCGAAGAGCGCGGCGGGUUUCCGGCCGCCGGGCCCCCCGGCGCGGCCAGAGACGGGGGGUUCAUCCAGCUGAUGCCGGCCACGGGCGCGGCUUUCGGCGGUUCGGGCAACAUCCUGAUAGCCACCUGCGUGACCGACCCGGCGGCGCUGGGAACCGCCGGCGCUCAGUCCAACGUGGUGGUCCUGCCCGGCGGCUCGGCUCCUCUGGCCUCCCAGCCGCCGGCCCCGCAGCCCUUGCGGACCCCCCCGAGAUCGGGCGGCGUGUACGCCGUGAACCAGGCCGUCUCCCCCGGCUUCUCCCAAGGCUCCGCGAUCAUAAUCGCAUCUCCGGUCCAACCCGUUCUUCAAGGAAUGGUGGGCGUGAUCCCCGUGUCCGUGGUGGGACAGAGCGGGAAUUCUUUUCCGGCCCCUCCCCGGCAGGUCUUGCACGUGCCCGUCGCUGCUCCCGUGUGCAACAGAAGUGUCCCCAAACUCCCUCUCCCUCCAAAGUCUCAGAAGAACCCGGGAGGAAGGAACAAGCCCAAUACAGCUCCCGGGAAGCCGACGGCCAGUUCGGGAGAUGCCGCGAGCCGGCCGGCGGGGUUCCGUGCCCAGAGACCCGGGAUUUCCGACAAGGGCGGGAGCUCCGAUCUCGGAAGGAAGGCGGAGGACGGCCCGGUCCCCCUCCCGCCCGACGGCCCCCCGGCUCCGGCCGCCAGACAGAACCCAAGUCACCGACGCGUCCUCUGCUUCGACGGCGCCGCCGCGGGGCCGCGGGGCCGCGCGCCGUCCCGGAGCCGAGAGAGGAGCGAGGGGCCGCCGCCCGCCGCCCCGGAUGCGGCGGCGGCGCCUCCCGGCAGAAAGGAGAAGGAGAAGCCCCCGGCGCCCAGAGCGGCCCCUAAAGCCGACUCCGCCGGCGGGAGGGAGGCCCAGCCGGAGAAGAAGCCUUCGCUGGCGGGGCUCCCGCUCGACCCCUUCCACAAGACGACGGCCAACAAGGAGAACGAACUGCGCGGGGACGCGCAGAAGAGCCAGGAGGCCCCCCGGCUGUCCAACGGGCAGCAGAACGGCGGCCCGUGGGGGGAGAAGGCCGCGGCCGCGGGGCCGGAGCCCACCAGGAAGGCCGCCGGCCCGGCGGGCGGCGCCCCCAGGGAGCCCAAGAGGGAGCAGGCCAAGCCCGCCGGGCAGGGCGACCCCCCGCCCGGGCGCGCCGGGGACGCGCCGCGGGACGGCCGGCGGCCGGGCCCGGCGAGCGGCCGGCCGGGGGAGAACGGGGAGCUCCCCGGGCCCCGGACCCCGGGCGCGGGAGAGAAGCCCGCCGACGGAGCCGCGGAGGGCGGCGGGAGGGCCCCCGGCGGCCGGCGCCCGCACGGCGACGAGGGCGGCGCGCCCAAGGUCACGGUCCCGCCCGCCACCCCCGACCUGCCCGCCUGCAGCCCGGCCAGCGAGACGGGGAGCGAGAACAGCGUCAACAUGGCCGCCCACACGCUCAUGAUCCUCUCCCGGGCCGCCAUCGCCAGGACCGGCGGCGCCACCCCUCUCAAGGACAACACGCAGCAGUUUCGGGCCUCCCGGAGUACGGCCAAGAAGAGGAAACUGGAAGACCCGGAGGAACGGGAGAGAAACCCCCGUCCUUCCGGGAAAAGCCUGCAGAACUCCACGACGCCGGUGAAGAAGAAGAAAAUGAAGAAAAAGAAGCUACCAAAUUCCUUUCCGGCCGGAAUGGACGUGGACAAGUUUUUGUUAUCUUUGCAUUACGACGAAUGAGGACGCCGAGCUCCCUCCCCAGGACUGUAACUAUUUAAAACUAGAGACCGUCGUGCUAGGGGGAAGAAAAUCGACCCGAAUCCUAAAGUGUGAAAUGCACUUUGAGUGCACUGAAGUUUCACUUUAUAGCUCCGCUCCGCUGUUCCCGAAGCAGCUCGCUAGUUUGUAAAUAGAGGCGAUUUUAGUCUAUUUUUAUUUUGGAGAAAGCACUUGCCGAAGUGUAAAGCCAUCAUUUGCGAAAUGUACAGCUCCGACGAUCGUGUCUUGUAAAUACAGUGUGAAUUGUACCGAGAUGGAGUCA